CUGCACACAUUCUUGCACACAUCGGCCUUCGGCAUGCACCCCUACGUGCCCUUCGAAAUCGUCAUCUCAAUACUCUCAAACCUCGACUGGCGGACUCUUGUCCGUUGUUCAGCCGUAUGCCGUUUCUGGCAGCACGUCGUCCGCGAUACGCUUUCCUUGCAAUACAAGAUUGAACUGGGCGCAAACGGACUCGUCGAUGGUCCCGCUAGCAAACUAACUAUUCCGGAACGUCUGCAUCUUCUACGCGAACGGAAGCACGCAUGGGAUACACUUGGAUUCCGACGCUGUAGUGUUAUUCCGACUCCGGGAGAAUGCCACGCAUAUGAACUUGUUGGCGGCGUUUUCGCAAAGGCAAUGAACCCGUAUAACGACGUAGGAUCUGCAUUUGCGCUAAACCCCGGAUCGCGUCACUUCACUUUCCUAAGUCUUCCCGGCAAGGGUAGAGAGCCGGAUAUGAUUGUGUGGAACGAUGCAGGUAUACUCUGUCGUGAUUUUGGAGUCGACCCAACGCAGGACCUGAUUGCGCUGGUCGAGCAACCUGAUGCUCAUAAACCUUCCAUAACCGUCCACUUACGAACAAUUCCGCUGAACGAGAGACACCCAGCAGCAGCUGUCCCGAUACUCUCGCAGCCUAUGCGAUCCUCCUUUGAUGGCGCGGAAAUCCAGAUCUGCGACGACAUUAUCGCGAUCCUAGUUCGGGUCCACAGUAUUCCGCGCUUGGUCAUCUGGCAGUGGACAUCGGGAAAAUUGCUGGUCUCCGAAACUUUUUGUUCACAAAGUCUGCGCUCCAUGGACGAUUUCUCGUUACUUUCGAACUAUGCGUUUAUGAUGACGAGUCGAUUCCCUCAAGGAUCUAUCAAAGUGUACACUUUCCGGACACCAAAUGGACGUGAGCCACUCUGCGGGCCCGCCAAGUUAUCUGACUUGAGAUGUACAACUCUUUACCUUCCUCCUCUCCAACCAAACAAUCAUUAUGCGGAACUUUCUACUCAUACCUCCCCGUUCACUGCUCGCAUACCUGCUGGGGUACCGUUUGCUACCUCGGAGGAUGUCCGUGUACAUGUGAUGAGUGUCCUGACACAGCCAACGCAACCGCCGCAUUCAUCCUCUGACUCGGAGCUCGGAAAUACCGCCACAGGACAUGCAGCGAGUUUCGUCGUGGUGAUGCUCAACCGUGCAUUGCUAAAAUAUGCAGAUCGCAAUUUAGCUUCUUCUGAGUCCGGCUAUCAAAAGAACGUAGAUAUGAGCUGGGAUGAAUGGGGUCCACGGAACACACGUUGGUUCUCUGAAAGAAGCACACAUGCGUGGCAACGCUACGUGCACGGCUCGCGGAUUGUUCGGACUCUUCACAAUGCCUGGCCGAGUACGCGAUGCCGAAUGCAAGUGAUGGACUUUUGUGUACAUCCUUUACAUCCACGGGCGGCAGACGACCAAGCGAUGGAGGAUAUGGACGCGGCGGAGCCGGACGUCCCAUAUACCCAUCGACUUGUCACGAAGCCGUCAGUCAUGCGUGAUAGGACGGUGUUCCGUGGUGGAGGGGUUGAGAGCCGACUGCCGUAUAGGGAGGUUACGUUGAAGAAGGAGCUCGGACCGUAUUCUGGGUUUAUGAUUGAUGAAGAGAGAGUUAUUGGAUUGUCGGCUAUGGCAUUUGCUAAUGGAGACAUGAAGCAGGUUGACGUGUUUACAUUCUGAUCGACUAGACUUACCACCUUCGCUUUUUAUCGUUUUCGUUCUUUCUCAAAUCUCACCGCGGAUCAGGAAAAAGGAGAAGUUAUUCGUUUCGUUCUAUCCAAAACUGACGAUCGUCGUUCUGACUUUCUUUCGAAAAAUGACCGUUUCCACAAGAACUCCAUGCUACCGCUACGUCAACCGUUCCUUAAAUUGAGCUUCAGGACGUCGUGAUUUCUCCAACCACGCUAUUCAUUUCUCUUCGUUUUCGCGGAUCGGAAUGCUAUAUUAACCUAUUCAGUACUUUUUUAUAUUAUACCCUCAAAGUUAAUAUUUAUCCCUGCUUCACAAGCUCAUUACUUCUCUUACUUAUUCCUCCGUCGUGCGUUCUACCAGCUGUUCGUUCGUUCGUUCGUUAGUGAUCAAAAUUAUUGUAGAUGAAUGUUAUUAUUCUCGGACCCUG